AUGCCGUCUCGUCAACCGCCAGUACCCUGGCAACCACCGCAGAGGCCUUUGUCACGCGAGCACAUCGACUUCGCUGGCCCACUUAACGGAGUCUCCUACCUAAUCUUGGUUGACACCUACUCGAAGUGGCCCGAGAGUGCUCCACUGAAUCCAGCAACCACAUCUGCCACUACGACGCCCUUCUACGACGCAUCUUUAACCAGCAUGGCUAGCCAGAAGUUCUGGUUUCAGAUAAUGGCUCUCAGUUUACCUCGUCGACGUUUAAGGAUUUCUGCCGCCAGCACAACAUCCAGCAUCUUCGCUCGCCGUCCAACCAUCCUCAGUCUAGCGGUCAGGCGGGGCGUUUUGUCGACACGUUUAAGAGAGGCCUCUUGA